AUGCACCGAGAGGCAGAAGGUCCAGAGCAGGGCUCACAGGGGGAAGGCAAGGAGCAGAACAGGGAGGACAGUGCGCUGAUCUCCUCACUGAGUGUGUCCUGCAGACGGUAUGGGGACCUACCUCCUCUUACCUUUGAGAGCAUAAGAGACAGGGUUUUGUAUGUGCUCAAACUCUAUGACAAGAUCAACCCAGAGAAGCUAAAGGCAUCUUCCCACUUCAUGAAAGACCUGGGUCUGGACAGUCUGGAUCAGGUUGAGAUCAUCAUGGCGAUGGAAGAUGAGUUUGGGUUUGAGAUUCCAGAUGCGGAAGCAGAGAAAUUGAUGACUCCUGAGGAAAUUGUACAAUAUAUUGCAGACAAAAAGGACAUUUAUGAAUAAUGUUUAUAUUGUUUCAAGAGGGGAGACUUCUAUUGUGAUUCAGCAUAGAGACAAGUACUUAUGAAGUGAACUGAACUUUUUCUCACAUCUCUGCGACGCGUCCCAUGCAUCACCACUUGUGUCAGCUGUUGAAGCUGCGUAUUUAAAUGACAUGUGCUUCAAAAGAGUCUGUGAAGCUUGAUAUUUCAGAUGUUAUUUCACAAACUGAUCAAUAAAGUACCCCAUGGUUUCA